GGCAUGAGGGGCAUCAUGGAAGUGGUCGUCUUGCUUUGCCGUAUCUUGGACAUUUCAGACCUUCAAAGAACCGCUGAGAUAUGUCAGAAAGCGUUCAUCUUGUAAUUCAGGAUUGAGUCCAAAUGCCCAGAGGUUGAUAAAAGCGAUAAGCAUAGCUCGAUAGCGCCAUCCAGCGUUGAAUUGACGUCCGUGCUUCCUGCAGGGUGCCCCACAUUCAAUUCCCAAUUGCACACGUCAGGGGAUUUCUCAGGCCUUGGGGUGCGACACGAACUUCUUGCUUCGACGCAACCUCACCCAAAUCGCCGACCACCGCACGCGACAAGCUAUGGCGAACGUUAUUGGAAACCUCUUUGGAGGCCAGAAGCCAUUGAACCCCGACCCUGUCAAGGGCGGUGAUUCCGACUUUGCAGACUUCAAGGAGGGCGCCGAGCCAUCUCCCAUUCCCUUUACUCCCGUCUCCAACACCCUGACCGGAGCCCAGCCCGUGCAGACACUGCGCCCCUACACAAAAUGGUACCGCCUCGACGAGCGCCAUUCCCUCUCUGAGUUCAAGGGCGAGGGCAUCGUUCUCUCCAUCAUUGGCCUCUUCCUCCUCUUCCACCUCUUCGGCGCUGGCCGCAACCGCACCAAGGCCAAGAAGUGGAUCGAGGCCAACAACGCUCCCCUUGCCGCCGAGUUCGCCUCCGUGGGCUUUGACGGGGUUCCGUCCUCUGAGACCAAGGUGGCUGAAAUUCGCGAGAAGAGUCUCUUCGAGUUUGCUACCUACGCCACCGGCCGUGCCAACGUCGCCUUCGUCGAUGUCAAGCUUACUCUUGUCAAGCGCUUCAACCCGCUCACCUCCAUCUUCGAGGCCGCUCUUGGAUUCUUCUGGGACAGUUUCCCCGCUCCCAAGGAUGUCUGUGACGCUACCAUCUAUCCCUUUGAUGGAAGAGAGACCCAGAUUGUGCCCUCUAUCCCCGGCACUGGCGAGCUCCAGGCCAAGGACAAGAGCACCUAUGACAACUUUGUUUGGGCUCUUGUUCACAAGGACCAGAUGAAGCAAGUUCGCGAUGAUCGCUACGACCUGUCUCUUACCGUCACCAAGGACCACCCCAAGCUUCCCCAGUGGUUGACCGUCAUGAGCGAGAGCGCCGAGAUUACCGACCUUCUUUUGACCCCUGAGCUCAUCAAGGCUGCUGAGAACGCUGGUGAUUCUUUUGAGUAUCUGAUCAUUUCUGACCAACCUGUUGAGCAGCCCAAGACGCUCGAUGAGACGGUUCCCCGCAAGCGCAUCUUCCUCCGCUACUCGCUGCCCUCUAACAAUGACUACACCAACCUCGUCCCCAUCUUCCAGUACUUCCUCCGCAUCUCUGACCAGCUCGCCAAGUCGGCCCACUUCCGGCCCGAGGUUGUCAAGAAGGUCAAGGCGGUCCGUGAGAACAUGAUCAAGAAGAUCCAGAAGGCCGAGGAGGAGGAGAAGGCUGAGGAGCGCGCGAUUGAGAAGGAGAAGGCGCGCAAGGCCAAGCGUGAUGCUGAGCUGAAUGCGCUGGACGCCAAGGGGCAGAAGAAGUAUCUUGAGAAGGAGCGCGAGAGGGAGUUGAAGAAGGGGACCAAGAAGAUGACUACCCGUGCUUAGGGUGGCUGAAAUGAAUUUUUUGGGUAGCCGGUUGGGGGGUGGUUUUUUGGGUUCGUUGGGG